UGGAGGAAGCUCUUUAAAUCUGCAGUGGUCCCACGUGCGUAACCCCUCCUCUGGUUAUCAAAAACCAAGUCGUCACACCUCGUUUGACAUUGUCCGUCACAGUUGGACGGAGCACUGUCAACAUCAUUUGUGAAGAGCGCCUAAGUUUGCACAAUUAUGGACGGCUCCAGUAAAACCCCAAUUAAAUCUAGUGAAGUAGUGAAGGAGGAUUUAAAAGCAAGUGAAGCCUCUGUUCAUGGCUCCGGUGAAGCCCCGGGCUCGUGCCUAAAACGCGUGAGAGACUUUAUCCCGUUGGACUACCGCAAUGAGCUGGUACAACUUUUCAAACUAGCGGGACCAGUGGUCAUUUCCCAGCUGAUGGUCUUCAUGAUCAGUUUCGUCAGCACGGUGUUUUGUGGUCACCUAGGGAAAACAGAACUUGCAGGAGUAUCAUUAUCAAUUGCGGUGGUUAACGUCACUGGUAUUUCCAUUGGCACUGGUUUAUCAUUAACUUGUGAUACCCUCAUAUCUCAGACGUAUGGGAGCGGUAACUUGAAGCGUGUUGGUGUGAUUCUUCAGAGGGGGAUUCUGAUUCUGCUGCUGGCCUGUUUCCCCUGCUGGGCUAUCCUCAUCAACACUGAACCUCUCCUACUUGCUGUCAAACAGAGCCCAGAGGUCGCCAGUCUGUCCCAGCUGUAUGUGAAGAUCUUCAUGCCUGCUCUGCCGGCUUCUUUUAUGUACCAGCUGCAAGGGAGGUAUCUUCAAAAUCAGGGAAUUAUAUGGCCUCAGGUAAUAACUGGAGCCAUUGGAAAUAUCCUCAAUGCAGUCAUCAACUACGUCUUCCUCUAUCAUCUGGAUUUGGGGGUUGCUGGAUCUGCAGCAGCCAAUGCUAUCUCACAGUAUAUGCUGGCCGUGGUGCUCUACGUUUACAUCUGCUGGAGGGGUCUGCACAAGGCCACAUGGGGAGGUUGGUCACUGGACUGUCUGCAGGAGUGGGGAUCCUUUGUCCAGCUGGCCAUCCCAAGUAUGCUCAUGCUUUGUCUGGAGUGGUGGAUGUUUGAGGUGGGAGGUUUCCUGGCUGGUGUAAUCAGUGAGGCAGAACUGGGAGCUCAGUCAGUAGUAUAUGAGCUGGCGGUGGUAGCCUACAUGUUCCCACUUGGAUUCUCUGCUGCUGCCAGUGUACGGGUUGGGAAUGCCCUUGGUGCAGGAAACAUUGAGCAGGCCAAGCUGUCUUGCAAAGUUCCCAUCAUCUGUGCAUUCAUAAUUGCAUGUUUUGUUGGAGCUAGUCUCGGCAUCUCCAGAAAUGUCAUUGGAUACAUUUUCACCUCAGAGGAAGACAUUUUACAGAGGGUUGCUGCCGUCAUGAUAAUAUUUGGUUUCAUGCAUCUUGCUGAUGCUGUCGCGGCUGUGGCUGGAGGUGUUCUUAGAGGAGCAGGAAAACAGUUGAUUGGUGCUCUAUGUAAUCUGGUGGGAUACUACUUCAUUGGCUUCCCUAUUGGUGUGUCUCUGAUGUUCGCAGCAAACAUGGGCAUUGUCGGACUUUGGACAGGACUUACCAUUUGUGUGUUAAUGCAGUCAAUAUUCUUUGUCGCAUUUGUGUACAAACUUGAUUGGAAAAAGGCUGCUGAAGAGGCUCUCGUGAGAGCAGGAGUCCAGAUUAAAGAAGAAAAAGAGAUUAUCGGGAUGGGAAACAAAGACUCCAAUCACAACCAGGCCCAGGUCAGCGCUACUGCCUCCAGUUGUGAGAGUGCUGAGGAAGACCACACAUACCAGGAGGCGGAUGGUGCAUGCCAGAGUAGAACUGCUACUGCUACAGUAGGAGAUGUUCUCUCAGUAACACAGCUUGUUUUGCGGCGUGGUCUGACAUUGCUGCUCAUGGUCGUCAUCCUCGUGGCUGGAAUCUUCGCCAAUACCUUCCUCACCAGGCUGCUGAUGGUUUAGUGCUGCCAGUCAACCUGAAGGCUGUCAGGUUUGAUAGCAUAAAGCUCUGCUAAGCAAUAUUUAUAUAUAACACUAAAUCACCCUGUAGUGUGAAAGGGUUACUGUGCUGUUGAUCCCACUGAGGAUCAACACCUCAGUCUGCAAUUUUGCACAGCUUUUAGCCCACAGCCCUCUCAUAUAACUGGGCAGCCAUUGUAGGACAGCAACCUGAAUUAAGAGUCAAACAUCUUGCAAACCAAAGAGACACAGAUGUUUUUUGAGGAGUUUUCGGACCAAACCAGGAGCUACAUGCAAGUGAUUGACCUUGGAGUGCUGGACUGAUCAACAGGUAGUAAGAUAGAGAGCUUUAAUGGGAUGCUCAUGUCAUUCUGUUUCUGUCAAAUGUUUGUGUAAUAUCGGGCAGGUGUUAAUAAUCAUAACAAAUUUGAUGUAUGUCUUUAUGUCAAUGCUUUUUACUGUGAUUUUGUGUUGGAGUCAACGUGUAACCCCUAGAAGUUGAAACCGCUUAAUGCAACUUUAACCCUUUCAUGCAUGAAUUAUGAUAAUCUCAGUCAGGAUUUUUUUCCUAAGUGUUUUUAUUCCUCUUUAGGCAUGAAAAAAAAUAUUUGAAUUUCAUUUUUUUUUAAACAUGCAUUUUUCAAGGAGUUUUUCACAUGUUCACUCAGGUGGACAGCAUGUGUUUGAGUUUUCAACUGAAGGAAUAUGUAUUUAACAAACCAAUGAAUACAAUUAUAUAUUAUUUGAAAACUAUAAAAUAAUAUAUAUUUUCAAAGCUGUUAAACUAUUGUUUUAACAUAUUUUAACAUAUUCUAAUACUGUUCAGUGCAAUGCAAAAACAUUGAACUUUGUUCCUGACUGCUCAGCCUCUCCCUUCUGUCUUACUGUUUAUUAGCACAUGAACUACAGAUGACUUGAAAUGCAGAAGAUCCUUCUUUUCUAAUCCAGACAUUCUUUUGAGGUGCCAGGCAUUCCCUCAGCAUCCUCAGCUCCCUCAGCAUCCUUAUCCUCCUUAGCAUCCUCAGGAUCCUCAACCCCCUCUGCAUCCUCAACCCCCCCAGCAUCCUCAGCAUCCUCAGCUCCCUCAGUAUCCUUAGCCCCCUAAAACUACAAGUUACAUUCUAAUAACACAAAUCAAUUGAUUCACAGCCAAAAAAGUUACUGCAGAUGAAGUGUUUUCAAGAACAACAAAGUUGCAGUAAUAGUAUAAUUGUAGUUGAAAUAUAGCCAGUGAUGCAUGAUGUCCAACUUAGUGGACAGAUGAUUAAUCAUCAUUUUCUCCCAACAUAAAAUUAAUACUUGGAAAGUUUAACAAUUGUAUUACUCUUUAGUUGUUACUUGAUAUUACAAAUUUUUAUUUACCUGCAAGGGUCUACUACCAUAGAAGGAUUGGGAAGAUAUUCCUGAGCUGCUGAGCAUUUCCGGCCGGCUGGCAGUCAUCUUGAUUUUGAGUGUCUGUGUUUCACUUACAAAGGCUGGCCAAUGAAUGGCAGUGUAUGAGAAGACACACUAGAGUCCACUGUGGUGGCUGAUGUGCAACUAUACCAUCAAAACCCAUGCAUAUAUAAGAAAAUGGCUUUUGAAUAGCUGUCCACUGUAGUGACCACUAUGCAUGAAAGGGUUAAUGAACAAUCUGUUCAGGCAUGCAGUGUUUGCUUUAAUUUUCAAACAUGCCUGAACCAGGUGAGAGUAAGGCGCUGUAUGAUAUCAUGUGUGAAGGUAGUUCAGCUCAGGUCGGGUUAGAAAGAAAGAUGUUUUGAUUUUAGAGGAAUUUUUGAGAUGUUUACAUUCUGUACCUUGGGUUCAAGCAAAUAUAAAGUGCAGUAAGUGUGUUUUCUAAAGAAUAUUUGGAAGGUCAUAUGAGAUCAUAUGAUGCCUUGUUUUGUCAUCUAAGGCUUUUCUUUGUAAGACCAAAACAUAAAACUCUAAUAUUUUUUAUUCAGGUUCCUUGUAAGUGUUAGUCUUUGAUUCUUGGUCAACACUUGUGAAUAUUGUUGUGUUUAUACAAUAUAUACCUGUAGUAUAGAUGUAGAUGUUUUCCUCAGAAAGUCUGUGGUAUUUAGUAUGUAAAUGAGUUGCCUUUAGUACUCUCUAAACUACUCCUUCUUUUUGAUGCCAUUUGUGACAAAUGAGUGUUUUACUUACAAAUACCAAAGAAAAUAAUCAAAGUGAAAAUCAGCAAAGCCAAAGAAGUUGUGUGAGCAACAGGGUGAGAGUAUUUUCUCUAAUGAGUCAUAUUCUUACCAUUGUCAUUUUCUCAAUAUGAAUAAAUAAGUGAUUGACAUAA